GGGAUUACUACGUCUACAGAAUCAAGUCAGGCGGCUGAUCCUCCUUCGCAAGUCCCGGACUCUACCUCCACCCACGGAGACUCUGAACUGUCCUUGAGGAGAUCCCAACGGACCAGCAAAGGAAAGAACAGGUAUUAAGCUGUGCCCUUCAGCAUUUCCACCUCUCUGAAACUGGGUUAAUGGAUGACGCCCCAUAGACAUUCAGUAAGGCUUUGUGAAGAUAUGUGGAUAGGAUUACGUUCUAGCCCAUUGGUCCAAUAUAACAAUGACUCAUGAAAGAGGUAUAGGCUGCGACCUCACUUUGAUGCAUCUACAUGUUAUAACCUGAGGGCACAAUGCGGAAAUAGAGUCGGAAGCUCAGUUUCAGAAGGCCGGCAGUGAUUUCCUCUGCUGUUGGUGUUUCCCGUCUCUAUUAAAAGGAAUAAGAUGGAAAAAACGUUCUUCGCCACCAAACAUCAAAUUCUUCCAUUAAACACGGACAGAUUUGCCUCUUGAUUUUACCCCCUGUGGAUGACCAGAUGGCUCGUAAAAGGGCAAUCUUCAUCACCUUGCUGAUUUUCCCCGCUUUGCUCAUGUUAGGGUUGUUCCUCAAGAUGCAGGGCUAUGAAAUAUGGUACUAUUGUCUUACCUGCACCGACAACUAUAUGGUCUAUAGUUAUGACUACAGUAUUAAAACCUUCAUGAAACUUCCCGAAGUAGACUGCAAAGAAACACCACCAUUCUUGGUUCUUCUGGUCACCACCACACAAGACCAGAAAGAAGCUCGUGAUGCCAUUCGAAAAACGUGGGGCAAGGAAAGACUGAUCCAUGGGAAGAGGGUGGUUAGUUAUUUUCUCCUGGGUUCAAAGGAAAAUGAAAGUGCAAAGGAGAAGGUCAACCUGGCCAAAGAAAGCGUCAUGUACAAUGACAUCAUCCAACGCAACUUCAUAGACACAUAUUACAACUUGACCAUUAAAACCUUAACGGGCAUCGACUGGAUUUCGAACUAUUGCCCUCAGGCUUCGUACAUCAUGAAGACGGACUCGGAUAUGUUCGUCAAUAUAUUUUAUCUAGUUGAACUUCUUCUGAGGAAAAAUCAAACUUCUAACUUCUUCACGGGUAUUCUAAAGCCGGAUGAUGGUCCUAUCCGCAUGAGGUUCAGUAAGUGGUACAUAAGUAAAAAAGAGUACACGAAGGAGAAGUAUCCACCGUUCUGUUCGGGGACAGGCUACGUGUUCUCCAUGGAUGUGGCACAGAAGAUCUACAUCAUAUCGUCAAUAAUGCCCUUCUUCAAACUGGAGGAUGUGUAUGUCGGCAUGUGCCUGGAACAACUGAAGAUCCGGUUGCAAGAGCUUCAUAGCGAGCCAACAUUCUUUGCAACAAAACCCCCAUUCUCGGUAUGCACGUACCAAAGACUUGUGACUUCCCAUGAGGUAACACCUGAAGAAAUGUUGACGUAUUGGGAGGCAUUACAGAGAUCUGAAGUACUCUGCUAGUGAACAGUAUUUUUUCUGAUGAGAGUUUUUCCCCCUCAGGGUAGACACAGGACAAAGAAUUCAGGCUUUAGUGCCUUUACUGUUUAGUGCCUUUACUGGUUUCUUGAAGUUGCGCUCCAGUCAUCUUACAAUAUUACAUAGGUGACUCCCCUGAAGAAGAUUAAAGGGGUUGUCUCAUCUCAGACAUUGGUAGCAUAUUGCCAGGAAAUGUCACCAAUGUCAGAUAGGUUGGACUGGUCCACCGGAAUACCAGAAGAUCCUUUGGUGGCCCGAAGUUUUGAUACCAUAGAGAGCCCCAAAGGUCAUUUGGAACCAAUCAAUUGCCACUAUGGUCUAACUGACUUUAUUGAUGAUAUAGGUGUUGGGCCUCAAGAAUAAUUUCCUCUGAUGGACCCAACAAACACCAGUCUGACACUGGAUAGGAGCAGGUUCCACCUCUGGGACCCGCUCCUGGCUUUAGAAUGGGCCUCCCAAAGUUAAGGAGAGCGCCCCGCUCAUACAUGGCCACCCUCCAUUCACUUCUAUGGGAGUUCUGAAAAUAGCUGGCUGGGCUAUAUCCUGCAGUCCCAUAGAGGUGAAUGGAGAGAUGGACAUGAAUGACUUCCAAGAAUAACGGAGUGCGCUCACUCGGCUAUUUUCUGAUCUCCCGUAGAAGAGAAUGGAGAGCAUUCCGCACAUGCGUGGUGAAUAGGGAUGAGUGAACCCGAACUGCAAAGUUUUCACUUUUUCACUGAAGUCCUGUUUCGGUGUUCGGGUGAUUUUAUUAUU